GUGAAGGAGAGAAAACUCCUGCCCUCUUAAGACCAUUAAAAAGACAUGAACCGCUUUUGGCUGGGAUUGCUUGUUCUGAUGUGGAGAACUUUCCAAUCCACUGAAGGGGCCAGAGACAGAUGCCCCUCUCCUCUGGCCGUUGACUUUGCCGAAUUCUUUGCGGAGUCGUAUCAGGUUGGCACCCAGGUGAAGUACAAAUGCGAUCAAGGGUACAAGAGGCCGAGCGGGCAGGGCUGGACCAUUAAAUGCAACCCCGACCGGGACGGUUUCGGGCGGUGGAGCUCCGUGACAUGCGUAGUGGAUCCGAGCCUGUCUCUUCGUCCUUCAACACAGCCUGUGACACGAGUUGGGGAGGAGAGUGGGAGGACGGACGGCCCCCUAACCACAGCCCAGCCUUUUAUGAAAGUAGGUUUCUGUAGGGUCCUCAAAUCCCCCAAGCAUGUCAAGGCUGUGUCGACGACCUACGCAGUGGGGCAGGAACUGCAGUACCGGUGCAUGGAUGGAUACCAAGCCAGGAGUCCUAUCUCUGAAAAGAGCACCUGUCAGAGUUCCAACGGAAAAACUGUUUGGAGCACGAUACAUCUACGGUGUACAAAUGACACCCUGCCCAUAGACGAGGACAUCACCCCUGAAAUAGGCAUAUCUAUCGGAGGACACUCACAUGUCUCCAAUUUUGCAGUUGUUUUUGCAGUCACUGUGAUGGCUACGGUUGUCAUCUGAUGAAGAGCGGCCUUAAGAAAUCUGUG